UUCAACAACAACAUGAAGAAUUCAGGAAUCGAUCAGCUUUGUGAGGGGCUGAGGAGUGAAAACUGCAAAUUAGAGAAACUGAACCUGUCUCUUUGUGGUCUCACCUCCAGAUGUUCCUCAGCUCUCUCCUCAGCUCUUUCUGCUCCACACUCACAACUGACUGAACUGAACCUGAGCGACAACAACAUGAAGGACUCAGGAGUGGAUCAGCUGUGUGAGAGGCUGAGGAGUGAAAACUGCAAAUUAGAGAAACUGAAGUGCCUUUCUAAACACCCAAGGACACCAAACAUUAUACUGAACACAGAUUAUAAACAAAAGUAA